AUGGCGAACCCUGCCGAGGAUACUCCCAAUGGUCCUCCGAGCACAGAACGAGGUCUUCGAAAUCCCCCUGGGACAGAUCCAGUGAGUUUGCUGACAAGCGAGAGCACCGGUCGCUCUGAGCGUGCAAUAGCACUGUCCACACUGUUGAUCUCUAUCAACAAGGGCCGCAUGUCCCUGCUAGAGCUUGUGCAGCAGCUUCAGUGCAGCCUGGUUUCUGAGGACUCAGCGGUCCGACGGCUGGCAGUGGAGCUCCUGUCGGACGUCAUUGAGAGGUUGCCGAAGCUCCCACUGGGUAGCGUACAAGUGAAGACUGUUGGACGAUUCUUCGUGGACAAGCUCGAGGACUGGGUCUGCAUCGAGUACGCUUUGAAGGGCCUUAUAGGACUCCUCACCAACCACGGUCGUAAACUGGCCUCAGCCAAGCUGACAGUAGAGGAGGUGAAUAAGGAGGCUGAGACUGACGACUACAUCGGCAUGCUUCUGACAGGCGACGAGCGCUUCGAGGGAUCAAAUGGGGUUCAGCCUCUGGCCUUCCACUGUGACAUUUUUCUCCACGUUAUCGUAAAGCACGUAUUACUUUACGUUAAUGCACCUUCGCAGAGUCAACCCGUACGGUAUGCCGUGUUGAAGCUGUUGGAGUUGGUGAUAGUCCAGCCUGAGCUCCGAGACCAGGUUAUCAGGUCGAGGGCAGUGGCGAAGGUCUUGGCCCAGGGUGUGGUCAUGGAGUGUGAGGACGAGAGGGACCCUAGGAAUCUCCUGCUGGCCUUUGAGCUCCAACGGGAAGUCGUCUGCUUUUAUGCAGAGCACUUGAAUAAGCUUGCGGGAGACGUUAAAAAUGCUGAAGAAUAUUCUGAUGGAGGGUUCGAACCUGCGACAGAGCUUGCCAGCUUUGCACAGAUAGUCUUCGAGUCGGCCACUGUGUACUUCCCCGUCAAGUUCCAGCAACGCGACUCCGAUGUGGCGGACAUCUCCCAAGAGAAGCUGAGUCGAUCACUUUACAAUGUCCUAUUCGAGAGCGAGGAAGCCAUGGUCCGUCUAGCGAUGCCCUCCCUCCUGGACGUCCUGGCCAACCCUGAGGACGAGCUCAGCAUGCUCACCGCGCAGCGCUACAUCAGCGAGGCUAUCGUUACAAGCCCGUAUAAGGAGUUCAUCGCAAAGGAGUACUGUCGUAGAACCUUCUCAGUUUGUCUCGACCAAGUGACCAAGGAAAGCGCGCCAUUGAAGUAUCUCCUCUGUGAGCUCUGGCUGGCCUUCGUUCGAGAGACCGGAGCCAGCAACUGCCGAGAUGCAGUGGAGUCUCUCCUUUUUAUGUUUGCCAAGUCCGCUGAGUCCGACGAUGAGGCCAAAGCUGUCGGGGUUCAGCAGCUCCUCUUGGCGAGUGGCAGAGGCAGCUUUGAGUUCUACGAUGAGAUUGCGAGACGGGCUAUUGUACCAGCGAUGAGUUCACCACAAGUCAUCAUAGCCAACAAGCAUGCGGUGGUAGACUACUGUAUCAAGUAUCUCAGUGAGGGAACUAUAUGCGAUGAAGGUCUCGCUGAGCAGGCGGCUGAGUGUUUGCUCAAACUUCAAGAUAAGGACAUCCAACCGGCGCUAGCAGCAGUGGUCCCAGCAUGUGGCGCGGACUCCCCCGUAGCGAGCAAGGCCAUGACUGCGUGGGCCUGUGCCGUGGUGGCACAAAUCUUCGCUGAUCAUCCGGCUGAGGCCAAGUCCAUACUGAGCACAAUCAGUGUGUCUGAAAUAGCGAAGUCGCCGGAGUGGUCAGAAGAUGCUUACGACUUCUUAAUGGAUAGUCUACCUGAGGUGGCGACUUGGCCAUGGCCUCUCAUCGUGGCUAGUCCCAUUAACGAAGGCUCCUUGGCUUCUCUUGCAUGUAUGCUGUCGAUUGGAAAUCAAUCUUUGUGCCAGAAGGUGGUCGCCCUGGUCGAAUCCAAUCCUCGAAAAUUCGCCGGCUUGCUUGCUGGUCUCCCUCGAGAUGAGCUCGGUAAAUGCCCCGUGUCUAACUGGUCUGCGCUGUUCGAGUCUGUGGUGAUUGAUCCGCCAGCCGCCCUCAACGUGCUGGAGGUGUGCCCCGAUGAUGCAUUUGAUGCCUGCUUAUCAGGAUCUCUGACGAAGGAUGCUGAUCCUGCUAUUUGGGCAACUGUUAUGAAGGUCGGGGUAGACCGCGAGCCGUCCAGGGCGAUAGAGCUAGGGAAGUCUUCAAUGACAAUAUCGGGCUUGAAGCAACUCCUCCACAGUAGCGUGACCGAACUGGAUACUCCCAAAAAGGAAGCAAUAGUCGCCGGCCUAUACGACCCUACCGCAGACGGAGAUGUGUCUACAUGCCUAUUCAGUGCGCUGGAGACGUCUGGUCUUGAACCCUACGGUGACGAGCCCAGGAAGUCUAUGUUAUUGGGAUUGAAGGAGGGCAAAGGCGAGGCCUUCGUAUUCGCUUGCAAGUUGUUCCUGCGGCUUCUAUCGAGGCCACUGCUGAGGGCGGACUCUCAGAGUAUCAUCCCUCACCUUUGCGACGCGCUCGAGUCCGGGGACUGUCGGCCGCUUACGUCGAUAGCAGCCUGUCAGUGUCUCUACGAGAUUGGUAAGAUGAGUGACUUGGCGGAGCUCAUCCCUAAACAGUAUUUCCAGGAAGUCUUCCACGCAUUGAAACAGCCCUUGGCUCACCAUAAGAUGGUGGUUAGGCGACAGGCUACCGUAACGUAUGGAGUCUGGAUGUGUGCUCAAGUGGAUGGAUUCUGUGAUCGAUGA